AUGAUAAAUAACAAUUUAUAUAUAUUUGUAUUUAUUUUAUUAAUAAAUAUCGUACAUUCAUAUGUACCAACAGAGUUUUUUAUAUUAUCGGAUGAGUUUAAAUUGGUAACUAUCAACUCAACCUCUGGUGAACUACUAAAGAGUUUGGAGACACCUGACAACUCUUAUUAUGUCAAUGGUUUCUUAUCUUCGAACAGUACCGAUAAAUCAUUUAGAAUAUUAGUUACAAAUAUUCAAAACAAUGAUCAAAUCAUUGAAUAUUCUGUACCUAAUAAUGUAUUCACUCCAAUGGAAUCUGUUGAACCAAACGAUGGUUGCCAAAUUGUAAUUCAACCAUAUGCCUAUGAUCCAGUUCAUAAAAUUGCUGCUGUUGUUGGUUCAGUUCCAUUCUCCGGUCAGUCAAAUGUAACUUUAUGUAUUUGGGAUUUUGCUAGUAAAUCAACUGAUAUAAUUACACUGAAUGGUCAAAUUGAUUUUACCAUCGGUUAUCCUGAAGGUGCUUACGAUCCAUCGACAGGAAAUUAUUAUAUCCUCUAUUUCACAGAUAAUACCGGAUCUCAUUUGACCAUCUAUAAUUUGCUUUCGAGAAAGGUGGUAGGUGAGUAUUUCUUUGCUGGCUUGAAGUUCAAAUUCCCAGAGAUCGUAUUCGGUGGUGGCCGACCAGUGUUGAUCGACACCCAAUUCUGGGGACCGUCAUUCAAGUUCUACACUGUCGACCUCGAAACACAGACAUACCAGCAGUUCCUCGAGGUGCCAACCAGCUUCAGUACCAACGUAAACAUCAGUCCAGUUGCAUGGCAAGGUGACUACAUCACAUUUGUCACAUCGACAAAAAUCAAUGAAUACACAUUCACAACACUCGAUCUCAACACCCUCAAAGUGGUAUCAACCUCACCCGUUUCCAAAUUGAAACUACCUGAAAACAGUGAUACAGUGGGUUAUGCCAGAGUUAUUUUCGUAACACUUGCCUUUUUCUAUUCGCACAGUGACUACCAAAGUUUCUUUGUAUAUUAUGCAUUGUCUGCACUUUUAGAUAUGGCCGAUGGUCAUGCCGCAAGAUAUUUCAAUCAAUGUUCACAAUUUGGAGCAUUAUUGGAUAUGGUUACAGAUCGUUGUUCUACAGCUGCCUUGAUUGUAGUACUCAGUCAUUUCUAUCCAGAGCAUCUUAAAAUCUAUAUCUUUUUGAUUGUAUUGGAUAUCCUCUCUCAUUUCGCACGUCUUGUCAGCACAAUGUCAAGCGGUAGCAAGUCACACAAGGCCGUCGCCGACAACCACUUGAAGAUCAUGAGAAUCUACUAUGGUAACAAAUACUUUUUGGCUUUUAUGUGUUUUGGUAAUGAAGGAUUCUUCUUAUUCUCAUAUCUAUACUAUUUCGUGUCACACCCAGCUGUUGCUUUCAUCCAAUGGUACAUCUGGUUCCCAAUCUGCUUCGUCAAGCAAUCGAUCAAUGUAAUCCAAUUCGCACAGGCUGUCAGCGAUAUCGUUGCUAUCGAUGAAAAGAACAGACCAGCAGUCAAGACUUUGUUUGAAUUAGCAUCAACAACAACAUCAUCAUUAACAUCAACAUCAUCAACAUCAUCAUCUUCAUCAUCAUCCUCAUCGUCGAAAAUACCAAUAACACAUAUUUUACUUCAUUCAGUUAGAUAA